AUGGAAUUAUAUAAAGAGUUUAGUUUUGAUACAGAUUUAGAUGAUGAUGAAACAGAUCGACAUAAUGAUUGUAUACUUCCACGUUUAUCAUUUGAUCAAAAAUUAGUAGCACAUCGAAGUAAUCGUUUAGGUCAUACAUUUGGUCAAAUUAAUUUCUCAUAUCAAUCCAGUAAAUAUAUUAGAUCUAAUGAUGAAACUCUCCUUUCAUUACCAAAUAAAUUUCUAUCAAACAAUGGAAUAAUUCAAUCAUAUGAAAAUAGUUGUCAAAUGCUUGAUAUAUCAAUUGAUUCGCAAUUACGUGCUCUUCUACCUUCUAAUAAUAUAAAUAUUAUGAAUCGAUCAUUUUCUUUUAAUGAUAUACGUGCAUUUGCUACUGCAAUGGAAGCAAAUCUUGAAAGUUUAACAUUAAGUUCAGUUGGUUUAACAACACGUUCAAUGAAUGUACUUUGUCAAGGAUUAAACAAAUGUAUUAAUCUUAGUUUUUUAGAUUUAUCAUUUAAUAAACUAGAUAAACAAGGUUUUGAAAUAUUAGUUGAUAGAAUUAAUCAAUUAACAUCAUUAACGUUUUUAUCUUUGGCUGAUUGUGGUAUACGAGAUUCAUAUGGUGAAUGUAUAGGUGAUUUAUGUCGACAUAAAACAAUUACGGAAAUAAAUUUAAGUGGAAAUGAAUUCGAAGAAAUGGCAUGUAUAUUUAUUGGAAAUGCAUUAACGGAUAAUAAGAGUUUGACAUGUUUAAAUUUAAAUUGGAAUUUAAUACGAAGUUUUGCAUCAAUAGCUUUAUUUCGAGGAUUUGAAGUUAAUACAACUUUAACAGAUUUUGAUGUCUCAUGGAGUAAUUUAGGUUAUGAUGGAAGUGUUGCUCUUCGGCGAAUAUUAGCUAUGAAUAAAGUUUUGCAAUAUUUAAAUAUUAGUAAUUGUAAUAUUGAUUGGUCUUGUGCAAAAUUAAUUGGUGAAGGUUUACAAAAAAAUUCAGUACUUCAUACAUUAAAUUUAGCAUUUAACCCAUUAACAACUCAUGGUGUUCAGCAUAUCAUUCAAUCUUUAAAUAAUUCGAAAAGUGCUCUUUCAACACUUGAUAUUUCAGGAACUGCUGUGUUUUCUGGAACUGUUCGACUGGCUGAAAAGAUUGCAAGUGAACGGCAUUUCAUCAUGAAAUUUGAUAUUGAAAUACCUGUACCUGAUAUGAUUGGUCGACAAAUAGUAACAAAAGCUGAUUCAGUACGUACAAUUAUUCAACAAAUUGAUGAGAAACAUUGGCGUCCAUUGGAUUAUUUUCGAUUUUUGAACAGUAAAAGAAAAUUAAAAGCAAGUUUUCACAAUAAUUCACAACAUCUUGCUGAUGAAUCAGAUCAACCUCUAACAUUAAAAAAUUUAAAUGAGAUACUUAAUCGUCAACGAAUGCAUGAUCGAUUACAAAAAACUCGUGAAGAACAACAAGAAAAAGAUCUAAAGAAACGAAAUCAAAAAAUUUUACAAACUGUUAAUCAACAUUUUCCAGAUAUUGAUACAGCUAGUAAAAGAGCAAAACAUAAAACAGUAAUUGCAAAUUUAGCAAAACCACGAAUGUCCACUGAAAAGAAAUAG